CUACCACGAUAUCUAACAGAUUUCGCCAUAUGUGGCAAGGCGGAACCUGUGCGCAUGAUAUUUCAUACGGCUGGCGUUGAGUACGAAGAGCAGCUGAUUGAGACAGAGAAUUGGUGUGUACUGCAUCAGACUUCACCAAACGAUCGCAUGCCUGUCCUGCGGGCUUCUCGACCAAACGGGGAAGACAUGGUUUACAAUGAAAGGAUGGCAAUCGCUCGGUGGCUAGCAAAGGAACACAAUCUGAUGGGUGAGAAUAGCGAAGAAUACUAUUUGAUUGAACAGAUGGUAUCCUUGGUAAGUGAGUUUGAGGAAUUUGUUUUAAGGGCAUCUAUCAUCUUGUCUUGGUCAUCCAUUGCCACCCAUUACUUACCUCGGCGAACAUCGCCCGCUGAAGCAAAAAAUUUCCGUGGAUUACCGAAUAAAACUUGCUCAAUAUCACAAGAUUAUCUGAUUCAACUAGUGAACCUACGAACUGUAGAACUGGGGACGAAUCCCGUGAAAUCAUUUGAAAGUUUUCAGUUGUCCUCUUUUCCUCUUCGAAAGCCCUUUACAAGGAACUUCUUUACGGAACCAAAAACAUUUAUGGGUAAAAUAUAG